AAGCACCAGGUAACUUUUUCCUCAAAAAUAAUCACACCAUGUUCUAGGAAUAUAUACUUGUAUAUAUAAUUCAAUCAACAAGACUACUCAAAACUCCCCCUAUGACACACAGAGUACAAGAGAAAGAAGAAACAGAUCUCAAGCUCUUUAUAGAUGCAGCGAUCUUUUUGGUUCUAAAAUAGUAAAUAGAUAGGAAAAAAAAGGCAAAGAAAAAGGCUCUGACUGUAUAAAGUCUGAGCUGAGAUUUCUAUAUCUUCAAUUCUCUUCUUCCACCUCCAGUUUCUUUGUCAACUUGUUCAGAUCCGUCACUAUUUUCACUUUAUAACUUUGCUAUCAUCUUCUCAUAUAACCAUCCAGCAAAUACAAUAGUUUCUUGAAUCUUGAUAUUUGGAAACAUUGGUUUAUUUGAGAAAUGGGAACAGGUUGGAGAAGAGCUUUUUGCACAACAAUCCCAAGAGACAGAGAACCUCAUUUUGUUGAUAAACAUGCACAAGAUUCACAACAACAACAAAAUGGACAACAAAUCCCAAGCCCAAGAAGCUGCACAAAGCUUGGUUUUUUAUCAAGUAGCAAUCCUUCUACUCCUCGUUUGCGUUGUAAAACCAAUAAAGCAAACUCCAACGAUAUCAACAGCCUUAUUAGUCCCAAUCUCCAUUGCAAAACAACCCCAAAAUCCAACACCAAAAGCCCAAAAACUUUUCUUGGUUCCAAUCCAUCUUCUCCAAGAUCUCCCUUUUCAAUUCUUAAAAACACCCUCCGCCUCUCAAAACAAAGCUGUGGAGUUUGUACACAGAAUGUGAAAUCAGGACAAGGAAUGGCAAUAUACACAGCAGAAUGCUCUCAUACUUUUCAUUUUCCUUGCAUUGCUUCUCACGUUAGAAAACAGAGCACUUUGGUUUGUCCUGUUUGUAAUUCCACUUGGAAAGAUGUACCCCUUUUAGCCAUUCAUAAACUUCAACAACAACAACAAGAAUCAUAUCCCAAUACCCCAACCAGAAAACAAGAAAAGCCGCAAACUUUGCUACCAAAUGUGAAAACUUAUUACAAACCAGAGCAGCAGCAGUGUGAUUUCAAAGCUUAUAAUGAUGAUGAACCACUUUUGACUCCUAGAGCUGGAACUAAAUUUGUUCCAAUACCAGAAGCAAAUGAAGAACAAGAUGAAGAUGAAGAAGUUGAAGAAUUUCGUGGUUUUUUCGUGAAUCCCAUUUCGAGUGAUGAAGCAUUUGCUAAUCAGAGAGAUAAUAACAGAGGUGUUGAAGUAAGUUUAAUGCCUGAAGCUGCCCUUGUUUCAGUUGGCAGAACUCAUGAGACUUACGCUGUUGUUUUGAAGGUCAAAGCACCACCACCUCCGCCAAUGUCUCCGGUGGGGAAUGCUAAUACCGGGAUGGGCAAUUUUCUAGGCUCGACCCGGCGUGCGCCGAUUGAUUUGGUGACUGUGUUGGAUGUGAGCGGUAGCAUGAGUGGAGCUAAGCUUCAGAUGUUAAAACGAGCUAUGAGAUUAGUUAUUUCCUCUCUCGGCUCAGCUGAUCGGCUUUCAAUUGUGGCUUUUUCGGCUACGCCGAAAAGGUUACUUCCAUUGAGAAGAAUGACUCAACAAGGUCAACGCUCGGCUCGGCGCAUUGUUGACCGGCUUGUUUGUAGCCAAGGGUCUUGUAUGGGCGAAGCUUUGAGGAAAGCAACAAAAGUACUUGAAGAUCGGCGGGAGAGAAAUCCAGUGGCUAGCAUUAUGCUGUUAUCGGACGGUCAGGAUGAGAAGAUCCAGGGAAGUAACACUCACAAUCCACGGUCGGAAUCCGCCCACGUGUCUUCGACACGUUUUGGUCAUAUAGAAAUUCCGGUUCACUCUACUGGCUUUGGUAAAAAAGCUGGCUACAGCUAUGAACCGGCCGAAGAUGCUUUCUCAAAAUGUGUUGGCGGUUUAUUGAGUGUUGUGGUUCAAGAUCUGAAAAUCCAGCUGGAUUUUUCUUCCGGUUCAGACCCGGCUGAAGUUGCGGCAGUUUAUUCUUACAACGGUCGGCCAACGGUUCUCAGCUCGAGCUGUGUUCGGCUCGGCGAUCUCUACGCCGAGGAGGAAAGAGAGUUACUAUUAGAAGUAAAGGUCCCAACGAUGACUAAUGGGUCACACCAUGUGUUAUCCGUUAGAUGCUGUUACAAGGACCCCGCAAGUCAAGAAGCAGUCUAUGGAAGAGAACAUUCUUUGCUUGUUCCGAGACCUCAAGCCGUUCGAUCAUCCCUUCCGAAGAUCGAACGGUUGAGGAAUCUCUUUAUAACUACGAGAGCAAUCGCAGAGUCUAAGAGAUUAAUCGAGCACAACGAGCUAUCUAGCGCGACGCAAUUACUAUCAUCGGCUCGAGCAUUGUUGAUACAAUCGGGCUCAGCUUUUGUCGACGAGUAUGUUAGAGGCUUAGAAGCCGAGCUAACCGAAGUGCAAUGGAGGAAACAAUAUCAACAGCAAGUAGAGCAGCAAAAAUUGAUCCAACGACAGAGAACCAACGAGAGGGAAAUCGGUUUGUUCUUAGACGAAAAUGGCGAGCCGCUAACGCCUACAUCGGCUUGGAGAGCAGCUGAAAAACUAGCUAAAGUGGCUACAAUGAGGAAGUCGAUGAAUAGAGUCAGCGAUUUGCACGGCUUUGAAAAUGCUAGAUUUUAAAUUUUUCUUUUAAUUUUGUAAUAAUUUGGAUAGGUUUUAAGGACAGGGAAGCGGCCCACGGGCCAUGGGGCCCAAAUGCAUAUAGUAGCGACUGUUGGUACCGGACGGCUAGGCCCUUUCUGUAGAGUGUGACUCUUUUGGAGUACAGGCCCACUUAGUAUUGAUUGAUUACUGGGCCAUCGCUUUUUGUCCAGUGCUCUAGCUUUUUAUUCGAAAAUUGAAACUUGAAAGACAUUGCUUUUGUAUUGAACAACGUUAAAGGACAAUCUAAAUGCAAUUUCUCAUAUGGCAAAUUAAUUUGAGGA